AUGGAGGGUCAAGAGGUGAAACCUGAGGCUCCCGAGGAGACAAAGACAGAAGCCCCGCCUCCGGCAGAAGCGGAAACAAACGAGCCGGAUGCAAAAGGGAAUGUGAUUGGAAGUCCAGCCAUCCGUCCCAUUUUCUUGGGAAAUCUGAGGGGUGUCUUUGAAGCGGAACAGGUCUCGGAGGUUUUUACUAAACCGAUAAUCCCACCUGAUUUAGACCAAAGCAGCUUCAAGCCGUUUCCCGUUGAUCGGGUUGACGUGAAGCGGGGAUUCUGUUUCGUCUUCUUGAAGGAUGCCGCCUCUCAAGCCGAUAAGGACGACGCUGAACGAUUUGUUUCUGCCAUCAACGGAAUGGAAGUACCAAAUCUCUCAUCAGCACUUCGAGUUGAAUUUGCAAGGGGUGAUGGAAGAAUCAAGAAAAAAGAAGACGACCGACGCAAGAAUAUCCAACCCUCUGAAACCCUCUUUGUCGUGAACUUCCAUGAAGAGACUACAAAAAGAGAAGAUCUGCAAAUGCUUUUCGAGCCUUUUGGUGAAUUGGUCAGAAUUGACAUGAAGAGAAACUACGCCUUUGUCCAGUUUCGUUCGGUAGAUGAUGCAACUAAAGCCAAAGAGACAACUGAUGGAGGAAAGUUGGAUCAAAGCGUCUUGACUGUUGAAUUUGUUGCUCGUCGACGUCAAGAUGACAGUGGGCGCCGUCGACGAAGAGAUGGUGGGCCAAGAGGUGGCGAUCGUCGAGGAGGAGGUCGAGAUUAUCGUGGUGGACCUUCUGAUCGAUAUGAUCGCGGUUACGGUGAUCGAUACGAUAGAGAUCGACACGAUCGCGGUUACGGUGGCGAUCGAUAUGACGCAAGAGGACGUGGAAGGGAUAGGUCUCCUCCAGGGGGCUACCGUGGUGCAUCGCCUGCUGGGUAUGCUCGUCGCAGUCGCUCUCGAUCCCGAUCGCCGAGAGGUGGAGUCGGGGGAUACAGAUCCAGAAGUCCGCCAAGAAGAAGUUAUGAUGAUCGCGAUAGGGGUCGAUAUGAUGAUUACAGGGAUAAUGGUCGUCGUGGUUGGAGCCCUGAAAACUACCGGGGUCGGGGAAGCCCUGACAGAGGGUAUGGCCGCCCUUAG